AGCCUGCAUAUUCCCCAGACCCCAUGGGCAGAUGGCUGGUGGAACUCAAACCCCCUCUGCGCCAGCUCCAUUGACCAUAGCUCUAUCCAUGUUUCAAGCUCACAUGUCACCGAAAGCUGCUUCGUAACGCUCAUAAAUCCCUUCGCCCCUUCUUCUUGAUCUCUAGGUGACCGGGUCGUCCAUCUCUCUCGCUGAUUCCUAAUCACCAUGCCACCGAGUCGUUACCAUUGAAGCCUCCACUCUGCUUCCCGUAAUGGCAGACCCAGCGCCGGAUACCACCGGAGCUUCCACCUCUAGAUCUCCCUCAAGCAGGUCGUUACGUUCGAGAGAUUCGCAAGGCGACAAGAACGCAACGGAGCGAACGCCCCUUCUAUCCCGUAACGAAGAUGUCCAGGUUGGCAACCAUGAAGACGACGAAGAUGGCGAAGUCGCUGCCAGUGGCUUGGCAGAAACCCACUCACUACUCUCCUCUAGCACGCGGGACGAAACAACGCACCCAGGAAAGCGAUGGCCAAGCGCGGUUGCUCUUCUCCUCCUCUGUCUCGUCGCCGCCGCGAUCCUGGUAUUCCGCUUCGUGGUCCCCGUCAUCAUAGAAGAAUACGCGUCGCAAGCCGUCGUUUUCGAGCCCACGACCCUCACUUUCGACUCGGUCACGCCGGAUGGAGUCCACGCCAACGUGGAAUUCAUGGUCCAGUUCGAUUCUUCCCGCGUGGAGCGUUUCGCCAUCCGGAACCUAGGACGAAUAGGGACGUGGAUUGCUCGCGAAAUCCAAAGUGGAGAGUCGAGAGUCAACGUCUUUCUACCGGAUUUCGGCGAUGCGGUGGUUGGGAUUGCGGUGCUUCCGCCCGUGAAAGCAGAUGUCCGUGAUAAACGGGUUAAUAAGAUCAAAGAAGUGGCGAAUCUCAUUCCAGCAGCGGUGGAACCUAUUCGGUCGGCCGCAGGAGCAUAUUUCAGAGGCCAACUAACGACGGUCAAUAUACGGGGAAUAGCACAUAUUCCUGUUCGUUCUGGGAUUAUCGAUCUCGGAAAUCGAACCAUCAUCUACUCCAGGACCGUUUCAGCAACGGAUAUUCCGGCAAUUCCAAAAUAUAACAUCACCCAUCUUGUAGUACACGACGCCGACCUUCCGGACGGCAACCAGGGACUGCAGGCGGAUGUGUCAAUGAAAGUGCCUAAUCCAUAUCCUUUAGAUCUGACGAUUCCACCACUUGGAUUCGGAAUCCUUGUGGAUGGCUGCUCCCCCAAUGACCCUCAAAUCAUGGUUGCGGAUGCGUUUUGCGAACCCCUUCAUAUCUCCCCGAACGCGGAUAUCGUCGCUAAUGGGACAGGGUUCGUCAGACGAAUACCUGAGUCGCUGAUGGAUGUGUGCCCUGGCUCACAAAAGUCCCCUCUUGAUAUGAUUGUCAAGGACUACAUCCAUGGAGCAGAGACGACCGUAUAUAUCCGUGGCUCCGAUUCCCCCGAUGUGGAGACGCCCAAGUGGAUCACCAACCUAUUGUCCUCAAUAACCAUUCCGGUUCCUUUUAAAGGCCCCGCAAUCGACCACCUAAUUCGCAAUUUUUCCCUCACCGACGUCCAUUUCAAGCUUCCCGACCCAGAAUCAGAGACCGACAACGACCCCGAGAUCUCUGCUGACAUCGAAGCGAUCGUCAAUCUUCCUGAUCAGCUGGAUUUCACCGUGAACGUCAGCCAUGUACGAGCUCUAGCCGAUGUGCACUGGAAGGAGAAGAAACUUGGGGAGCUGAAUUUGCAAAAAUGGCAAGAAGCCAGUUCGAGGAGGUUGACGGACCCGGACGAGCUUGGUGGUCUCCUAGUCCAGGCUCAUGUCGACGGAGCCCCCUUGAAGAUCACCGAUCAAGAUUUGUUCACUCAGCUGGUCGCGACAUUGCUCUUUAAGAAACAAACAGCGUUCUUGACGAUCGAGGCUACUGUGGACGUGAAGAUGGCGACGACCCUGACAGCCCUCACUCUCCGUGACCUUCCUGCGUCUGGUGUAUUCCCAAUCAAACCCAUCGGACUCGGCUCAGGCUGGGGAUCACUAGCACCUCAAGUCGGAAAUGUAACCAUUGUUGAAACGACGCCGGAUUCGAUCCAGUUUCUAGCCCUAGCCAAUUUCACCAACCCUACCAACUACUCUGCGACUGUUCCGUACUUUGACAUCAAAGUUGUCGUGAACGGCACGGUCCUCGGCCAUGCCACAACCGAGUCGAUCGAAAUCAAUCCUGGGAACAACACCAAUAUUGUAGUUCGGGCAACAUAUGAUCCGAUUACAGAGAGUGGCAAUACCGGAGCAGCAAUAGGUCGUGAAUUGAUUUCGCAGUACCUCUCUGGUUACAACACCACCAUCACCCUUCGAACCCACCGAAACAGCAUCCCUUCCCACCCUGAAAUUGGCGAAGCCCUCUCUUCCCUCGAAAUCGAAUUUCCAACCCCUAGUUUCGGUUCCGCCCCCGGCGCCGGAAACGGGGAUGGCUCGGACGGCAAGCCACAUUUUAUCCAAGGAGCAACGAUGCACCUCUGGUCCUCCACCGCCACCUUCCUCCUCGUCUCCCCCCUCACCUCCACAACCCUUUUCAUCACCAAGAUCAAUGCCACUGCUUUCUACAAACACGACCCCGUCGGCCACCUUCAGUACGAGUUCCCCUUUGCCGUUCCGCCUGGUAUCUCCGAAACUCCGCGACUUCCCGUGGACUGGGAUGCCGGAAGCGUGGGGUACGAUGCGGUCCGGAAGGCGUUGGGGGGAUCGCUGAAGUUGCAUGCCGAGGCGGAGGUGGGGGUCCGGGUGGGGCGGUGGGAGGAGUGGAUUUGGUAUAAGGGGAAAGGGAUCGGGGCCAAAGUGAGGCUCUGAUUCGGUCAUGCAUAGGUAUCUGCGCGGCAUUACUAGGAGUUCUGGGAUGUUUUGCUUUGGUGUGGGGUUUCGGUAUGGGUAUCUGGAUAUAGAGAUUACUGGCGUGCAGUCGGUGCCCGGUUCAUUUUGGUGGGAAGCAGCGAUACCAUUAUGAAUGCGUAUAUAACAGUUGCCAUUGAUUUCGAAUAGGUUGUCUCCUCAACAUCAGUCUACCCAAGGAAGAUUGGAUGUGUAUAUGAUCAGCGUUAGAAGCUUUGCUAGUCCGUCCACUUCGCAAGAAGUGUCUCAAUGAUAUUCUGAUCCUC